GGAGAAAAGAAGGGGAGUGACUUGCAUUGCAAAAUUAAAAAAAUUGCUGCUGCGUUCAUCUCGGGCGGCAGUUUAAUCGCAUGACAAGCUAAACAGGACAAAGGACAGAUCCCGAGAUGAACUUGUCCGGCUCCACGAGGAGGAAUCCGUUUGCCAGGCCAUGGAUGAACGAACAGGGGGCGGCCGCGGCCGCUGGAGGAGGCCAGGGCCUUAAAGGCAUCAUCGCAGGAGGCAUAACUGGCGGCAUUGAGAUCUGCAUAACUUUCCCAACAGAGUAUGUUAAAACACAGUUGCAAUUAGACGAAAAAAGUGGAAAGGGCGGCGCAAAGCAGUACGAUGGCAUUAUGGAUUGCGUCAAGAAAACAGUCAAACAAAGAGGAUUUUUCGGACUCUACCGCGGACUCAGUGUCCUGCUUUACGGUUCCAUCCCAAAGUCUGCCGUCAGAUUUGGUGCUUUCGAGGAGUUCAAAAAGCGCAGCGUUGACUCCAAGGGAAACUUAAGCCCAGGAAGUCGGCUGUUGUGUGGUCUUGGUGCCGGCGUGUGCGAAGCAAUUUUUGCUGUCACUCCAAUGGAGACCGUUAAAGUCAAGUUCAUCAACGACCAGCGCUCGGCAAACCCUCGGUUUCGAGGAUUCUUCCACGGUGUUUCCACCAUCGUAAAAGAACAAGGCAUAAAAGGUGUCUACCAAGGAGUGACUGCAACCAUCAUAAAGCAGGGUAGCAACCAAGCCAUCCGAUUUUACGUGAUGGAAACUUGCAAAGACUGGUAUAGGAAGGGAGACCCAAAUGCACCAGUUCCCAAACUUGUCGUGGGCGCUUUUGGUGCCGUGGCUGGAGCUGCCUCCGUUUUCGGCAAUACACCCAUCGAUGUUGUUAAGACCAGGAUGCAGGGUCUUGAAGCACAUAAAUACAAAAAUACUGCCGACUGCGCCCUGCAGAUUUGGAAACACGAGGGACCUAAAGCGUUCUACAAAGGAACAGUGCCUCGUCUGAGUCGUGUGUGUCUUGACGUGGCAAUCACCUUCAUGAUUUACGACUCGUUCAUGGAACUGUUCAACAAGUUCUGGAUUUGAAGUCCACCAGUGUAAGUUCGAACUUAUCACCUAUGUAACUGUAAGCGAUGUAAGUAAAAUGAUGUAACUUGUCGCCGUUAAACAAGUCUGUGGUUUUUAGAGUAUUAUUGAGUUAAAAUUUCUGUUAAUUUUAAUUGUUGGUGCAUUUUGCCAGUACAAAAUUUGCUAUUAGUUACAUUUUGCGCAACCACAGAUUUGAGAUAAACUGGCCUAGUUUUGACGAGACCUAACAGAAAUCGCACUACAUUCGUCAAAGCAAUCAAACAAUCAAUUUGAUUAAUUUGUUCAUUCCAUGUUGCGGGCAUUUGUUUUUUCUUUUUUAAUUAACAGUUUACAUAAAUAUGAUUUCAAUCAUCCACGAAUUUAUAAUUUUGCCAAUUGAUAAGACUUGAAAUUUUGCACUUUGAAGAAUAGUGAGCAUACUGAAUGUAUAAGAACUACUAAGAAAUGAAACUGACAAUUUCAUCACCAAUGUAUCUUAUAAUUAGUUUGUUUGUGUAUAAAUGUUUUCACUGCUCUCAUUCCUGACUCACUACUAAUUCCACUUAUUUACAAAUCUUGUCUUUAUUGUAGUCAGAUCUGUUAAUCUUUUUUGUUUUGAAUAUUGGUUUUUACAUUACUUGUUGUUCUUCUCUAUUGUUUUUACUUCACAUUCCACUGUGUAACUCUAUUGUUGAUUUUGAAUAAAAGGUGAAAAGUAAUUUUGAAAUAUAAAUUAAA